GCCAGCAACAGUAUCGUCUCUGCUUAGCUUGGUCGCCCUUAAAGCAAAAAGAGAUCAGAUCAAGAGUAAAAACUAUUACUUCAUCAAUGGCAGGAACCAAGGAAAUUUUGUGUUCAACUACAAUGGACACGUUUAAUUCAAAAUAUUUGCUUCGUAAUUACUAUAACUUUUCUCAUCAUCAGCGGCAAAAGUACAGUCUUUCUCAUUCUACCUCCUUGUUCAAUUCGUGCAAGAGAAGAAUAGUACAAUUGAGAAAGGUUGUUGCAGCUGCUGCUGUUCCCAUGGCGACUCAGCUCAUUCAGCUUGAUUCCAUCAUGGCUAUCCCAGCAAUCCCAGUGCAAUUAGCGGUCACAGCUCUGGUAACGGUUAAGUAUGAUGCCAAGGAAAAUAUGAAGGAGCUGAUGUUUCAUUGGUGGAAUUCUGGUGCCAAUACUGCUCAGAGGGGUGUUUUUCUUCAGCUUGUUAGCACUGAUGUUGAUCCAAGGACGGGAGAGCCAAAGGUGAGCAAGGACGCUAUAUUAGACUGGUCCAGAGACAUAAACAUGAAUGCCGACAAAGUCAGUCACGAAGUGCAAUUUCUAGUAGAUGCAAACUUUGGAGUCCCUGGAGCUGUCCUUGUGAGCAACAAAAACCAAAAGGAGUUCUAUUUAGAAAGCAUCAUCAUUGAAGGACUUGUUCAUUUUAAGUGCCACUCUUGGGUUCAACCGGAGAAACUCCAUCCGGAGAAAAGAAUCUUCUUCUCUAAUAAGGUUAGCACCCUUUUUUAUAAAAUUCUUUUACAUAUAUAUUUUGAAGUUGUCACGAUUCUUAAAUGGCAUGGAAUUACGUGUUUUUGCAAAUUAUGGCAGGCAUUCUUACCAAGUGAAACUCCAAUAGGACUCAAAGAAUUGAGAAAAAAAGAAUUAAGGCAACUGAGGGGCAAUGAAGAGGGUGUUAGGGCGUUAUCAGACCGAAUUUAUGACUAUGAUGUCUACAAUGACUUGGGAAAUCCAGAUAAAGGAACCGAAUAUGCACGGCCAAUUUUAGGGGGACAACACCGUCCUUAUCCAAGACGGUGCCGAACUGGACGCCCUUCCACGAAGUCAGAUCCGAAGUCAGAGGCACCGGCAAAUGAAUCCAUGCCAAUGUAUGUACCAAGAGAUGAAUCAUUUGGAGAUGUGAAGAGACAAACAGUCGAUGCAGGAAGCUGGAAAGGCAUGGUCAAUAAUUUUUUUCCUUUCCUUAAAGAUUCCUCAACGAAGGGUGAGGUUAUAAACUCGUUCUCUGAUAUCAAUGAACUCUACAAAGAGAAUCCUUUCAAUGAGUCAGAUUGGCAAGAAUCUCGGAAGAACACACGUUUCCCAGUCAAGCUUAAUAAGAUGAUAAAAGAUUCCACAUCAGAUGCCUUCAAGUUCAACCCGCCAAAAAUCGUAUCCAGGGAUGCUUCAUGUUGUUUACGAGAUGAUGAAUUUGGUCGUCUAACACUUGCUGGCAUGAACCCCAUAAGCAUAGAAAGGCUAAAGGUUUUUCCACCUGUAAGCAAACUAGAUCCAUCCAUCUAUGGUCCACAGGAGUCAGCGUUUAGAGAAGAACAUAUCAUCUGUCAUCUUGAUGGGAUGUCCAUAAAUCAGGCAAUAGAAGAGAAUAAGCUGUUCAUACUGGACUAUCACGAUACUUACUUUCCAUUCGUCAACAGCAUAAAUGCUCACCCUGAUCGAAAAGCCUAUGCAACUCGGACAAUUUUUUUCUUGACCCAAAUGGGAACUCUGAAGCCAAUUGCUAUUGAGCUCAGCCUUCCACCAAUAAACCCUUAUACUCCUUCAAAACAGGUUUUCACCCCUCCAGUUGAUGCUACAACCUGCUGGCAAUGGCAACUGGCUAAAGCCCAUGUCUGCUCAAACGAUUCUGGAGCUCAUGAACUGAUUCAGCAUUGGUUGCGGACUCAUGCAUGCAUGGAACCAUUUAUCAUAUCAGCACGGCGGCAUUUGAGUGUAAUGCAUCCAAUUCACAAGCUUCUUCAUCCUCACAUGCGAUACACAAUGGAGAUAAAUGCGCGGGCUCGUGAGCUUCUCAUUAGUGCCGGCGGAAUAAUUGAGUCCCUCUUCUCCACUAAAGAAUGUUCCAUGGAGAUCACUUCUUUCGCUUAUAAAAAUUGGCGAUUUGACAUGGAAAGCCUCCCUGCAGACCUUAUUCGAAGAGGAAUUGCAGAAGCGGACCCCACUGAACCACAUGGCCUAAAACUACUAAUCGAAGACUACCCAUACGCCAAUGAUGGGUUGCUUAUAUGGUCCGCCAUUGAGAAACUGGUUAGGGAUUUUGUGAAAUAUUACUACCCAGACUCAAGUAGUGUUCGAUCUGAUCCAGAACUCAGCGCCUGGUAUUAUGAAUCCAUCAAUGUAGGCCAUGCCGAUAUUCGCCAUGAAAGCUGGUGGCCUAGGCUUUCAACACCAGAGGACCUUGUCUCCAUUCUAACUACCAUUAUUUGGAUUGCAUCAGCAGAACAUGCUGCUCUGAACUUCGGACAGUAUCAUUAUGGUGGAUAUGUCCCCGUACGUCCAUCAUAUAUGCGGCGAUUAGUGCCAAAUGAGCACGAUCCAGAGUACGCAACUUUCCUUGCGGAUCCAGAGGGGUACUUCUUAUCAUCAUUGCCAAGUUUACGAGAAAUGACAUUUUUGAUGUCUGUGCUUGAUAUUCUAUCCACACAUUCACCGGAUGAAGAGUAUUUAGGAGAGAGGAAAGACCUUGCAGCAUGGGCAGGGGAACCAGAGAUUAUUGAGGCAUUCUACAGAUUUUCAAUGGAUAUGAGAAUGGUGGAGAAAGAGAUAGAAAAGAGAAAUGCCAACCCAAAGCUUAGAAAUAGAUGUGGGGCUGGGGUUUCUCCUUAUGAACUGCUCGUGCCAUCCUCAGGACCUGGAGUUACCUGCAGAGGAGUGCCUAACAGCAUAUCGAUAUGAAAUGGGAAAUUCAAUAGAAUCAACAUUCAUCCUAAAUCUUGGGAACUUUUUUUGCAGCAGUAGAAUAAUACUUACAAUUUUUUGGACCCAACCAAUACAAGCUAUAGUUGAAAAGUAGCUUACCAUUCGAGUUGUGUGAACAUCAGUAGUGUCUAACGUAUAGAGUGUUUACUAUAUUAUAUGUCAGCUGGUAGUUGAUCUUGUAUUAGAUUCUUCCAUUGCAAGUGAAUUACACUGUCAUUCUGCCAGAAGAAACGUAUUAGAUAAAGGUUUUACCCAUGAUACUAAAUCUGAUAAAUCGUUCUUCCAGAAGAAAGGUAUUAGAUAAAGCCUGUGACCUCAUAUCAGGCCUCUUAUAGAGAGAAUAGAAAUAGAUAUAUCUUAGGGCCGUUAUAAACUUUUAUCCAACGGAAGCACCUAUCCAAGUUACAAUUAUGACCCAUCCUGCUAACAACUAUGCCAGAGGCCCAAAGUUGUUGGUAAACUGGACUAGAUUUUUCCACUUCAGGCUUCAGCCUCCAGAUGAUACUUGCCUUUCCACUAAGCACGUUUCUUGGCCUUGCAUCAGGCCCAGCUUAGCACAUUGAACUUCCCAUGAGCCCAAGGGGCCAUACAAUGAUCCCAAGUGUAAAAAUUUGACUUGAUAAACAAGCAAGGUAGGAGACGAGCGGAUGAUCAGCAUCAUACUUAUCCCUUUCUUGUUCAUUAAAAAGGCAUACAGCCUGCAAAAAUCAUUACAAGGAAAGCAAGCCUAAGAGAUCAUUAGGCUGCCUAGAAACGGCAAAGAGAUCAUAUCUGCCCCUUGAGUACAUUUUUUGGUUUUCUGAGAGAUACAAACAAUGCAAAGCCCCAUGCAUGGCCUACUCUAUUGCUUAAAGUUUUCUUGUUUAAAUUCAACAUCAUCACCAAGCACAGCCAAAAGAAAACAUCAUUAUAGAAAUGUAGCAACGGAUUAUUCAGCAAUCCUCACCUACUUGGUCACUUUCAAUCAAACCUUGAACCAUGAAGAACUCGGACAAACAGAGGGCAGUAGAUAUCAGAGAUGUUAGCAUAAAGAAGAAACGACCUUUUAAUGCAGCACUAAUGGAGGAGAAUUUCGUUGAAAACCUAUACUACACGUUAAAAGGAAGUUUGUCCAGUAGAAUUGAGAUCAAAUAGCAUAUGACAAACCCAACGGGAAUAAAAGAUAAAUAGUUUAGCACCGUGACCAGAGCAAGAAUAAUAGAAGUAAUAAUCAUGUCAUUUCACAAAAUAUCAACAUAUAUGUUCACUACAGAACAAGCGGAUCAUCAAUGAGUAAAAGUUUAUGUAUUUAGAUUUAAUGGUAAUAAAAAAUUGCUAAUAUGGAAGAAAAUGCCUAGAAUUAUCAGAGACACUGGCUUCAGUUGAACUCUGCAGCUCAAAAUUCAGUAUCAGGGGAGCCUCCUGCCACUCCUUUUCUAGCUACCAAGAAUCCAAGAUUGACAUUCAACUUGGCAAUUUCCUCAACAUCAUGCUGCUUUCAGAUUAUAUAUCCAAAUCCAGAUCAAGAUUUCACAUAUGUCCUCAAGCAGAUGUUAAAAGGUACACGGGCAAGCUAUGGCUAUGUUUUUUUUUUAAUAAUCAAAACAUAUUUCUACAUAACUCCUGCAACUUAAUAGUUUUUAAACACUAUCUGGUCCCUAAAGUAAUAGCAAACAAAAGAAACAACUCUUUAGAGAUGAUAUCCAAAAUCAUUUGCUACCAAUUUAUAAACCCAAUAGAAAGACAUAGUAUACCUCCACUGCACCCUCACCUCUUUCACUGUUAUUCUUCCUCAGCAACUAAAUAAAAGGAGCACUUAUUUCAGCUUCUCAAGGAUAGAAAGAAAAAGGAAAAAAAGAAAAACCUCCAAUUGCUCUAAGUGCAUAUUCACAACUCCAUAACACAUAGAAAUACAAAAGGGUUUGGCUCGAAUUUUGAUUGACAAAUCACAAUUUUCACAUUGUAUAGUUUGCCAAAAUCAUCCCAAAAAAAAUACCAAGAAAGAAAGAUUUACAAAUAGCAAAUGUAUCAUUGCAAGUGUAAAUAAAACACAAAGGUGAGAAUUUUCUCAAAUUCUGACUCAUACCCAAUAAUCUUACACUACAUUUCAAAAGAACCCACAUUUCUGAACUUCACAAAAUAUACACCUCCAACUUACAAAAUAAAAAUUAAAAAAUACCAACUGUUUAGGAAAAAAAAAA